GCACAUUAUUUCCAUCCCAUACCCCGUCAAAAUGGCCUCGUUCUUUCCUGGUAUCAAAGAAUUACCCCCAGACCCCUUGUUCGGCUUGAAAGCCAGAUAUACUGCUGACUCGCGUGCCGACAAGGUCGACUUGGGCAUCGGUGCCUACAGAGACGAAAACGGAAAACCCUGGAUCUUGCCAGCCGUGAGACAGGCAGAAGCCAAGUUGGUGGCUUCGCCAGACUACAACCACGAGUACUUGUCGAUCGGCGGCUACGAGCCAUUCGUCAAGGAAGCCGCCAAGAUCAUCUUGGGCGAAGACUCGUUGGCCAUCAAGGAAGGAAGAAUCGUCAGCCAACAGUCGUUGUCCGGAACCGGUGCCUUGCACUUGACUGGACUCUUCUUGAAGACCUUCUACUCCGGCGAACACACCAUCUACUUGUCCAAGCCAACCUGGGCCAACCACAACCAAAUCUUCACCAGUGUGGGCUUCAAGGUGGAGAGCUACCCCUAUUGGAACAACGAGACCAAGUCCUUGGACUUGGACGGCUUCCUUAACGCCAUCAGAUCUGCCCCCAAGAAGUCGGUGUUCUUGUUGCACGCCUGUGCCCACAACCCAACCGGUUUGGAUCCUACCCAGAGCCAAUGGACCACUAUCUUGAAGGAAUUGGACAACAACAACCACUUGGUGUUGUUUGACUCCGCCUACCAAGGUUUCGCCAGUGGUAACUUGGAGAAGGACGGCUUUGCCAUCAGACACGCCAUCAACGACAAGCUUAUCAACUCGCCAAUUAUCAUCUGUCAGUCCUUCGCUAAGAACUGUGGUAUGUAUGGUGAAAGAGUCGGCGCUGUGCACGUCAUAACACCCCCAGGAGCCACUGGUGAGGCCGUAGCCCCAGUUCUCAGGGCCAUCAAGUCUCAAUUGAACAAGAUCAUCAGAUCCGAACUCUCCAACCCUCCUGCCUACGGUGCCAAGAUUGUCGCUGCUAUCUUGAGUGACAAGGACUUGAAGAAACAAUGGCAAGACGACUUGACCACCAUGAGUUCCAGAAUCAUCAAGAUGAGACAUUCUUUGAGAGACUUGUUAACUAAUGAAUUGAAGACACCUGGUAACUGGGACCACAUCGUCAACCAAACUGGUAUGUUCUCCUUCACUGGUUUGACCCCAGAAAUGGUUGCUAGAUUGGAAGAGAAACACGGUGUCUAUUUGGUCAGCAGUGGACGUGCUUCCGUUGCUGGGUUGAACGAAGGUAACAUCAACAAGGUUGCACAGGCCAUCGAUGAAGUUGUCAGAUCUUGUGCUAAGCCUAAAUUGUAAUGAACUUGACGGUUAUUCUAUAUACUUCUAAAUUGUACCAUGGGUACUUAUAUACGGCAUAUUCAUCUUGAA